AUGUGGCUUGUAACGGUUCUGCUCCUGUGGGUUCCAGUCGGUGGGCAAGUGGUUAACCCCACAAAGGCUGUGCUCACUGUGCAGCCUGCAUGGGUUAGUAUUUUCAAGAAGGAAAGUGUCACUUUACGGUGUGAGGGGCCACGCCUGCCUGGAGACAGCACCACACGGUGGUUUAUCAACAGCACAGCCCUCCCGAUCUCCACGCCUAGUCACAGCGUCACGGAGGCCGGCUUCAAGGAUGGUGGUGAAUAUUCGUGCAAGACCGCUCUCUCAGUGUUGAGCGACCCAGUACAGUUGGAAAUCCACAGCGAGCUAUUUGCCAUGCCAGAGCUGAGACCGUCCUCUCCCUUCCUGGAGGGGAGUCUGAUCACCCUGAGCUGUGAGACAAAACCGCUCCAGAGUCCUGGCUUACAGCUUUACUUCUCGUUCUACGUGGGCAACAAGACCCUGGCAGACAGGAACAUAUCCUCAGAAUACCGCAUCCCAAGUGCCGGAAGAGAAGACUCUGGGUUCUACUGGUGUGAGGUAGCCACGGAGGAUGGCAGCAUCCGGAAACGCAGCUCCGAGCUGGAGCUUCAAGUACUCGGUCUCCAGUCAUCAGCUCCUUUCUGGGUUCACAACCUUUUCUAUUUGUCAAUGGGAGUAAUGUUUUUGGUGAGCACAGUUCUCUGUGUGAAAAUAUAUAAGAAGCUGCAAAGAAUGAAAAAAUAUAAGUUGGAAGUCCCCUUGAUUUCCGACCAGGAGAAGAAAGCCAUCUCCUUUCAGCAAGCUAUAAGCAAUGAUGCAUAUGAGGACUUAAGAGCCAGCGUAAGACAGACCGCACCAAAAGAAGUUCCCAAAGCACCUCGCAGCUCAGUGGGUAGCUGUGGCCCUCAGCAGCCAGAAUCCCUUCCUCCCCGCGCCACUGCCGGGGAGCAGACUCCCUGAAGCUGACUGACGCUGAAGCAGUGGGGCCACGGCAUACAGCUCUUGUGGGUUUUUGUUUGUUUUG